AUGAGCCACUCAAUGAGCAGUCCAAGGAAUAUACAGUUAGUUUUCGAAACAUAUCAGAAGGCACGAUUAGUUUUUGUCCAAACUAUGGCAGAAUUAGCUACAAGAUCUAGCAACGUGAAAUGCUUGGAAAGUGCCGGUGUCUUGGAACUGUUAAAGCCCUUGUUGUCUGAUGCAUGCAGCACUAUACGUCAGUGUGCUGUCGUAGCGAUUGCAAAACUCGCAGAACACGAUUUAGACAUAGCAAGGCAGCUUCUAAAUGGAGGAAUCAUUACAAUUACACUUGAAAACUUAAAUAAAUACAAUGUUUACUACAAGCGGUCUGCAUUAUAUUUAUUGAGAGCAGUAGCGAAGCACAAUGAGGAACUGGCGAGCGCAAUAGUCCGCCUGGGAGCUUUAGAACACAUUGUUUCUUGUCUUGAAGAUUUUGACACUCAGAGAUGUACUGGGGAUGAAUGCAGCGGUUCCAGGCAAUCGUGGUUCUGGGGAUGA